AUUUCCUCAACUGAAGCAAUCUCACUUUCUCUCCUCCCCGACGGGAUAUAACGGAGAGACAAAUCCCUAACCUAUUCUUAUCUUCAAAUUCCAGAGAUUAUUGUGGAGUCAUAUAGCUGAAGUUUGGAGCUGAUGGAAAGGAAUAGAACAAACAGUACCUCAAGUCCAACAGUGCUCGAUCUUUUUAAACAGCAAAAUCUCCCAGCUUGUAAAUCUGUCUUGACACCAGCUUGGGUUAUAGCUACAUUUAUGCUGAUUGGUUUCGUUUUCAUUCCUGUUGGACUUGUAACUCUUCAUGCGUCUCGUAGCGUUGUUGAAAUUGUUGAUCGAUAUGAUGUUGAAUGUGUACCAAAGGCAUUUAGAGGUAAUAAAGUGUCAUACAUCCAGGAUAGGUCAGUUCCCAAGAACUGUUCUCGCUUUUUGAAGGUGCACAAGCAUAUGAAAGCUCCAAUUUACAUCUACUAUCAGCUUGAUAAUUAUUACCAGAACCAUCGACGAUACGUGAAAAGUAGAAGUGACCAGCAGCUCUUGCAUGGAUUAAAGUACCAUGAUACAACUUCCUGUCAACCUGAAGAGUACAAGAAUGAUCUCCCUAUUGUCCCAUGUGGAUUGAUAGCUUGGAGUUUAUUCAACGAUACAUUUACAUUUAUUCGUGAAAGAGCAGAACUCAAAGUCGACAGGAAAAACAUUGCAUGGAUGAGUGAUCGUGAACACAAGUUUGGGAAGUCUGUAUAUCCCAUCAAUUUUCAGAAUGGGACUUUGAUUGGUGGUGCAAAGCUGGAUACGAAUAUUCCUCUAAGUGAUCAAGAGGAUUUAAUUGUAUGGAUGCGCACAUCUGCUCUUCCUAGCUUCCGGAAGCUGUAUGGAAGGAUUGAGGAGGAUUUGGAAGCAGAUGAUGUUGUGAGAGUCAAUUUGAUGAACAACUACAACACUUACAGUUUUGGUGGUAAAAAGAAGAUUGUUCUUUCAACAUCAGGCUGGCUGGGAGGAAAGAAUGACUUCCUUGGUUCUGCCUAUGUCUUUGUUGGUUCUUCUUCUAUCAUUUUAUGCUUUGUUUUCAUGCUGCUACAUAUAAAAUGUCCGAGAUGAAAAGGUAAUACCUGUGUUCUUUUGCAAAUUUAGUUCAACUUAUUAGUGCGCCUAUAGAUACUCACAUAUCUGUAUCUCAACCUUAUUAUUUUGACUCUGUAUAUUUACAAUAAAAUCAUUAAUCAAUA